UCAAAGCAACGCUGGGAGACUGUUUCGCCUCCUUUGAGGCUGAGAGAGUGUGACCUUUUGCCCAAGGACUUGAACCAAGGUCUCCAGAGCCACCUUCCGACUGUCGGGCUGCUUGCUGCCUGCCUUCCCUGCCUUCCUUAGCCCCGAGGAGGAGGGCAGACUGGACUGUUUCUGCAGUGUGUUUUGGGCCUCUGUCAGAGAGCUGCGGAGCCACAACAAACUACAGCUCCCACAAUUCCAUGGCAUGGAGCCAUGGCGGUGAAAGCGGUGCCAACCUGGGCUUGGUCUGGUGCCUUUCUUUUCCUGGCUGCCAGGCUUGAAGAGCUGUUCUCAAUCACGGUGGAUGGCUUGCUCCAAAGGACCGUGCUCCCAGCUCCCUUCCCCUGGGAGGGAUCCCCUUUGGGACACGUCCAGAAUAUUUCUCUGGCUCUGCAACUGUCAAGAAAUGGAUUGGGAUCAGCUUGAUGUGAACCCUAGAGUGAUUGUAGCUAUUAAGAAAGCAAACCUAAAAUCAGUCAGAGAGAUUUUCAAUCUUUCCCAAGCGGAUUUGCAAAGGGUGACAAAAUUAUGUACUGCGGAUGUACAGUACCUGCUAAGAACACUUUCUAGUGCUGUGAGAAAACAUCCUGUCCUUACAGCUCUUCAGCUAUUCCAAGACAAAAACCAACACAAGAAGUUAAGCCUCGGCUGUCCAGUCUUAGAUGGCUUUCUCAAAGGUGGCAUCCCCCUGACAGGAAUUACUGAAAUUGCUGGUGAGAGCUCAGCGGGGAAGACCCAAAUUGCAUUGCAGCUGACCCUUUCUGUACAAUAUCCAUAUAAAUACGGUGGCCUAGAGUCCGGUGCUGUUUACAUUUGCACAGAGGAUGCUUUCCCAAACAAACGCCUGCAGCAACUGAUUCAGCAGCAGGCAAAUCUGAGAGAUGAUGUUCCACCCAAUGUGGUGGAAAAGAUAAAAUUUGGAAAUGGUAUUUUUGUUGAGCAUGCAGCAGACCUGGAUGCUUUCCUCAACUGCAUUACUAAGAGGAUUUGCAUACUGCUCUCCAGAGGCAUGGUGCGGCUUGUCAUUGUUGAUUCCAUUGCUGCCUUAUUCAGAUGUGAAUUUGGCGCCAAAGAUUCUGUCCUGAAAGCCAAAUAUUUGCAGAUGUUUGGAGCAAAGCUUCACCAACUAAGCAGCAAAUUCCAAAUCCCCGUAGUAUGCAUUAAUCAGGUAACUGACACAAUGGAUGCAUCUGGAGACGCUGCUCCUAGUCCUGGCUGCAUAGCUCAGAGAGUUGCUCCAGCCCUCGGAAUAACUUGGUCCAAUCAACUGCUGAUGAGAUUAAUGGCAAGCCGGACAAUACAGAGUGCAGACGAUGUGCAUCACCACAGCAGAGGGGUCUUACGGACGUUGGGGGUGGUUUUUGCUCCUCACCUACCACAGACUUUUUGCCACUACACAGUAAACUUGGAAGGUGUGCGGGGAAUAAAGGAGGAAACUUUGACAGCAGUAUGAAGAAAUUUAUAUAGCAAGAACCCUCUGGUUACUUAUUUUUAUAUGUAUAUAUAUAUUUUUAAUUGAUUUUGUCUUAACAUAAAAAUAAAUAACAUACACCCACCUUGAAUCUAUUUACAGAAUCUACUGUACAUUGUACUCUAUAGUUUUUCACUAUUCUUCCAAUCCAACAUUCAUUCAACAGAAAUUGACUUCUAAUCCCAUCUCUUUGGUUUAUUUUCCAUAUAUAAUUUUUUGCGUGUGAUGUCUGUAUUCCUAUUUCUAAUUUACUUUCUCUUUAAAUAUAAUCCCUUUGGUUACUUAUUGCCUAGACUGUGCAAGCUGUUUCAUACCUGUACUUGGGAAUGAGCUUGAAUCCUGUACUUUUUAUCGAUGCCGCUUCAUGAGUUCUUACUGAAUAUAAAAGCUGCUAUCAUACAUUAUGUGGAUGAUGCAUAAUGUUCUUCCUCUACAGUUCCACAUUCCUCCUGCCCAAGGCACAUUGCCUCAACACCAUGUAGCAGGAAGUGUCUGAUAUUGUACUCUUGACAACUGAGUGGAUGCAGAGGUUUGAAGAAGAGGUACUUUGCACUCACAAAAAAAUAAAUAUAUGUGCACCCAUAAACGGGCAGCAUUACAAAGUUUUGUCUGUUCAAGUAUUUUAUUUUUACAACUUGAAAAUGCAAAGGAAGCAUUACAUGUUAAACAGUUUUAUAAUGGGCUACAAGUCUGAAGAAAACAUGAUGUUUUACUAAGUAGUACAAUGCAUUCUUUUGUUCUACAUUCUAAUGCUGUUUUAUAAAUAAAAGUACUUGGGGAAGUUCAGUGGCAAACCAAAAAAUUAACAAAACAGGCAUUGGUUUAGUUUUGUAGAUAUAGGCUGGAGUCCUCUAUCACGGUGUACAUUAUGCAAUUACAUUUGGCCCUUCUUAUACAGAGAUUUUUUUAUACACAGAAUCAAGC